AGCCCUUGACGUGUCGGGGAGGAGCUGGGCGCGGAGGUGCGCGGAGUGGAGCUCGGGGCUGCCGAAGGGAGCGGAGCUGAGCGGCUGGGCGGGCCUGGCCAGGCCAGCGGAGCGGAGACGUCGGUCGAACGGCGGCGAACAUGCGCUUUUGACACAUUGGAGGCUUUCUUGAUCAUGGAUGGUGAAGAUAUACCAGAUUUUUCAAGUUUAAAGGAGGAAACGGCUUAUUGGAAGGAACUUUCUUUGAAGUAUAAACAAAGCUUCCAGGAAGCUCGGGAUGAGCUAGUGGAAUUCCAGGAAGGAAGCAGAGAAUUAGAAGCAGAGUUGGAGGCGCAGUUAGUACAGGCUGAACAGAGAAAUAGAGACUUGCAAGCUGAUAACCAAAGACUGAAAUACGAAGUGGAAGCAUUAAAGGAGAAACUAGAACAUCAGUAUGCACAGAGCUACAAGCAGGUCUCAGUAUUAGAAGAUGAUUUAAGUCAGACUCGGGCCAUUAAGGAGCAGUUGCAUAAGUAUGUGAGAGAGCUGGAGCAGGCCAACGAUGACCUGGAGCGAGCAAAAAGGGCAACAAUAGUUUCAUUGGAAGACUUUGAACAAAGGCUAAAUCAGGCCAUUGAACGAAAUGCCUUUUUAGAAAGUGAACUUGAUGAAAAGGAAUCUUUGUUGGUCUCUGUACAGAGGUUAAAGGAUGAAGCAAGAGAUUUAAGACAAGAACUAGCAGUUCGGGAAAGACAACAGGAAGUAACCAGAAAGUCGGCUCCCAGUUCUCCAACUCUAGACUGUGAAAAGAUGGAUUCUGCUGUCCAAGCCUCACUUUCUUUGCCAGCUACUCCUGUUGGCAAAGGAACAGAGAACAGUUUUCCUUCACCAAAAGCUAUACCAAACGGUUUUGGUACCAGUCCACUAACUCCUUCAGCUAGGAUAUCAGCACUAAAUAUCGUGGGGGAUCUCUUACGGAAAGUAGGGGCUUUAGAAUCCAAAUUAGCAGCUUGCAGGAAUUUUGCAAAGGACCAAGCAUCACGAAAAUCCUAUAUUUCAGGGAAUGUUAACUGUGGGGUGAUGAAUAGCAACGGCACCAAGUUCUCUCGAUCAGGGCAUACAUCUUUCUUCGACAAAGGGGCAGUAAACGGCUUUGACCCAGCUCCUCCUCCUCCUGGUCUGGGCUCCUCGCGCCCGUCGUCAGCACCGGGUAUGCUGCCUCUCAGUGUGUGAGUGCCCGGCCUCCAGGUGGGGGCUCCUGCCCCCUCCAACAACCCAGGACACCCACGCCUCACCCCUCGGUGCCUGGGCCCAGCCUGUGCCCCUCCGUCUGCCUCCCCACGGCUGGCAGAGGGCAGGCUGCAUGCAGUGGCGGCUGCUGGGCCCUGCCCAGUCCCAGGACUCUGCGCGAUAUCAAUACUGGCUAUUUUCUCUUCUCGCCGUAGUGCCGUUGGUUUCACAUGAUUGCACUUUUGUGGGUCACAAGGUGAUACAUACGUGUAUUACUUGGUCAGUGGAUGCAGAAGUACCCAUUCAUCACACCUGCCUCAUAGCCCCACCCUGCUGUACUGAUAGGAUUUAGUUGUGUUUAGGACAUUGCAGAUCUUCUAGAAGUUCUCCCCCAAAUCAGGUCGACAUGUGCCCUUCUUCUGAGCUCCCACUCAGGCAUCUUCAGUGCUCAUGAUCAUGUGUCCCCCAGCUCCACCCCCCACAGUUUGGGCCUGUUGCUGGCAAAGAGUCAGGAAGGUCACUGAAUUAGGGAACAUUUUCUGCACCUUCUGAUUUUACUUUAGCAGUUAUCAUUCCAUAGACUUUCCUCCAGAGCAGCGCAAUGCCCUUCUGAGCCCCAGAUGGCAGGAGCCUCUGAGGCCUGGGCACACACAGGGCUGGGCCUCUGUGCUGUCUCCUCCUCCUCCAUGUGCCUCAGACUCGGGAUGGAGGGUGGUGGCAACCUCCUCGCCAGCUUUUUGGUCCUUCAGUUAAAUGACAUCUUCCGAGCAUUUUUGUUUUGUCUUCUGAGGGCCUGUCCAGUUAUGUUAGGAAGGGUUGAGUGGCCUGAUUCCAGGGGCUGGCCGCUGCUGGCUCCUGGGGGGCAGACUGACUAUAAGUGGUUGUCCCUGUGCAUCCUUUGAUUACUCUCAUGCUGCAUUUACUGUUUACAUUUGUUUUAUUGUACAUAGGUUUGUAAACAUUAUUGCCUAAGAUAUUUGUAUAUAACUUGGGCUUUGUAGCUUUUAUUUAUUCAGAACUCAUAUGGCAUGUUAAUGACUUAAGAUGGUGUCCUACUCUGGGCAGCUGUAUAGGAUCAUCAUGUGGUUAAAAAAAGAGAAAAUACUUCCCCUCAAAAAAAUCUUUUAAUGUGGAAACAAUAAAUUUCACAGAAAAAAAGGAUUGAGCUUGCUUUAUUGAGUUUCUGCCAUCCUGUGAGAGAAGAGCUGGAGUUACAAAGCCAGGUUCAAAUGUCACUUCUGCUCUGACAUGGGACACGCGGAUGGACAGCAGCUGUGGAGUGGGGCGGCCUCAGGAGAUGUCUCGUGCACUGAGUGGGCGUUCUCAUGCUGAUUCUUGGUGCUAGUUUCUCCUCUUAGCUGUGAUUUCCAGGAGCAGCAUGAGAACGGCCCAGGCCCCAUGUGAAGGUCUGGGAGGAAGGACCUGGACUUUGUGGGAGGCAGCCUGCUAAAUCAUGGAGUACCUGCGAUGGAUCCAGGAGCUGCUCCUGCAGCUGUGCUGCCUUUCAUGACAUGUGUUGGUGUUCUGGGAUUAGAAGUUACUUGGGCCUGGGCUUCUCUCCUCAUCCCUCAGAUUGAUGCUAGCAAGUGAGAGAAGGUAGCAGAUGUUUGGUAGCAAGACACAAGCUGACUGGACUUGAGGAACGUGGAAACUGGGGGUCCGUACGACUGUCUCAGAUUCUGAGCACUGCUUAUAAAAAGAGCAUAAAACAGUAUAGUUAGUAGUUUUAAAAUUGUAAGUAAAUGAAAAGUAAGUGAAUCAAAUUCCUAAGUGAAUUAGGAACUUGAAAUAGGAUACAUUUUCAAAGAUUUCUUCUUGUCUUGAGUAUGUGGGCAGGGGUGUCUUCUGUUAGUGGUUCCUGGAGGUUCUGUUGCAAGCUGAUUCACCAAGGGACACUGGCAGUGGUGUGCAGUGCUGGCCGUGCAGCUGAGAGGGAAACUCCACGUC